ACCUCAUUCCGAGAUGCAUGAGUUGCCCCACCUGCCCACGUCCUUGCAUCACGGCUUCUUCGGAGGGAGGGCCCCUGGGCUGUCCCGGCGGUGUGCGCAAUGACGGUCCGUGAUGGAGUCCCCGACGACUGUGCCGACUUUGCAAAUCCGGCGCAAGCCGAUCGCCACUCAGUCUCAGUCCCAGCAGAAGCCGUCAUCUGCCGCCGGCCCGAAUCCCGGCCCCGAUCCGACGCCGGGCCGCCGGCAGUGCGAUGAGAAGCCGCCGCCGCUUCCGGAACGGCCGGGCAGGGAGAAAAUUGGAACACGCCAGCCCCAAAUUCAAACGGCCGUCAGACCAGUAUCUCGCGGCGCAGAGCCGUCGCCCCUGCUGGCGGUUCCGGACCACGUCCUCCGGCCACGCACCAGCUUGCCGGAGCUCUCGCACUCGGCACCGGAUUCAACGCCCCAGAGUCCGUUCAAUGCCGUCCCAGCAUCCGCCGCUGCAACCUUCGGCCCCAGCGCCAGUUCCAGCGACGGCGGGAAGAACUUCAUGCAGACUGUCCUCUCCGAGGCGCGCUACUUCGCCGGCGGCCUGAUCCCGCACCCGAUUGAGUCAACCAAGCACUACACCAUCCUGCGCCACUCUCCGGCGCUGAUCUUCUAUUGCGGACCGGCCACGUCACUCGCCAUCACCAUCUUCAGCUCCCCCGACCGGCCCCUGCCCGCCGACCGCACCCUGUGGCUGCAGCAGCGCGGCUUCUCGGGCGACAGCGGCAUGAAGAUCAAGUCCUUCUUCAACCUCACCGAUGACUGGUUGCAUGUGACGCCGUCAACGCAGGUAACUGCAGAUCAGGUCCCCGCCGUCACGGAGCGCGCCUGGCAGCGGGACAUUGCCAAGGCUACGAAGAAGCUGCUCAAGGAGAAGGGGCAGAAGAAGGCCCACAUCCCGAGGGAAACGCACGUCGUCCGGAUCCCCGAAGCCUCCGAGGACGGCUACUUCCGCCUCAUCCUCUGCACCGGCAGGGACCCUCCGUACGCGGCCGAGGAGAGCUCGUCCAGGAGCAAGACGCUGUGCACCAGCCCCAUCUUCCGCAUCGCCAGCACCUCGUCCGACUCGAGCAUCUUCCGCGGCGCCUCCCUCAGCACCCUGCCCCUCGAAUUGGGCGUCUACGCGGCUUCUAUGGUCGCCUCGAGCACCGUCGACCCGUACAUCGCGCCCGUGCGCGACCCGGUGCAGGCCGCCAUCGACACGGUUCGCCCAGGCUUCGUGGCCGAAACCGUGGGCGGCCUCGUGAGCGACGAGCUGAGCGAGCGGUCCGCCGAACGCGACGAGGCCUUUUUCGCCGCUCACCAGGCGCACGUCGAGCGCGCCCUCGCAGCCGACCCCGAAGCGAUCCAGCCCAUUGGGCCAGACUCGGGCCCCGAAGAGCCCUUCCCGAUCAAGUUCCAGGGCAAGGUCGUCAAGGGCACCGGGCGCAGCCAAGCCGAGCUGGGCAUCCCCACGGCCAACCUCUCCGGCGUGGCCGACGAGGUCCGCUACCGCCUCAACGGCAUCUACUUUGGCUGGGCGCGCGUGCUGCCAAAGUCAAGGUCCAAGUCAACGCCCGUGUCUUCCGCCCAACAAACCGCUUCAUUCCCCGAAUCAAACCCCUCCUCCGAGUGGCACGAAGCAAUCAUCACCAUCGCCCCGUCCUCGCCCUACGCCCGCCCCUCCGCCGCGCCAACCCCGUUCGUAGCCGUCCACCUCCUGACCACCCCGCCGACUCCUUCCCCCUCCCCCUCACCCUCAUCACCCUCCCCGCCAACCCCAACAACCCCAACAACUCCCACAUUCCUGGGCGCCACCCUACAAGCCCUCAUCCUCGGCCUCCUCCGCCAGCACCCCCCACCCACCGCGACCGCCCAGCUCCAAGCGCGCCUCGACGCCGCCACGCGCGACGCCUGCCUCACCCUCGCCAGCCUGGCGCGCGAGAACUGGCGGCCCGAGCGCGCCGCGGAGGCGCUGCGCCUGCGCGGGCGCGAGCGGAGCUUCGGCGAGCGCGUCGACGACGUGACCGGCUGGGUGGAGCGCAAGGCGGGCACGAUGCACGGCAAGCUGCCCGUGCAUUUGCUUGGGGUGAGGAGGGCGGGAGCCGAGGAGAGGGAUCGGAUUCGGGGGGUGGGGGGGUUUUGGGUUAAACGGGAUGUUGGUGGGUGAUGGUGAACUGAUGAACUGGGGAGUAUACGAGAUGGUGGGAGAGUGGGAUUGGGUGUGCU